AUGACGGCCUCUCAAAACACCACCACGCCCCUCGUGGUCCUCGUCUCAACGCGGGCGGUCCUCACGUUUGAACAAGACAACCUCGUCCUCACACCCGCAACGAUAACUGUCUCCCCCGCCACCGGUAAGAUCGUAAACAUCAUCCCGGCAGUCCUGCCAAAGACCUCCUUCCCGGCCUCCACCGAGUACAUCAACUACGGCUCAAAGCUCCUGCUGCCCGGCCUCGUUGAUGCCCAUGUCCACCUAAAUGAGCCCGGUCGCACGGAAUGGGAAGGCUUCUGGACGGGCACGAGGGCCGCUGCCUCUGGCGGUGUGACGACCGUCGUCGACAUGCCCCUCAACGCUAUCCCGCCCACGACCACGGUGGCUGGGUUCAAGGAGAAGCUUGCUGCGAGUCAAGGACAGUGCUGGGUCGACGUCGGCUUCUACGGCGGCGUGAUUCCCGGAAACACUGAUGAUUUGCUGCCCCUCGUCGAAGCUGGUGUCAGAGGCUUCAAGGGGUUCCUGAUCGAGUCUGGGGUCGAUGAGUUCCCGGCAGUCUCAUCGCAGGACGUGGCCCUCGCCAUGGAGAAGCUCAACGGCACUCCCACGACACUCAUGUUCCACGCCGAAAUGAUCCCUCCCAUCGCCGACUCGGUGGGCGAUGCGGUCCAGCAGUCCGAGCCGCCGCUGGCUCCCACUGGCGCGCUCAACUCAUACAAGACCUUCCUCGAGUCUCGCCCGCCCUCCUUCGAGACGUAUGCCGUCGAGGAGAUCCUGUCCCUGGCCCACCUCGCGCCGGAUCUCCACCUCCACAUCGUCCACCUUUCGGCCACGGAGGCCAUCCCCCUCCUCAAGGAAGCCAGACAAAGGGGCAUCAACAUUACUGCCGAGACGUGCUUCCAUUACCUGGGCUUCGCGUCUGAGGAUAUUGCCGACGGCGACACCCGGCAUAAGUGCUGCCCUCCGAUCCGCGAGCGGUCGAACCGCGACGGGCUCUGGGAGGAGCUCGUGGCGAAGGAUUCUUGCAUCAAGACCAUCGUCUCGGACCACUCUCCGUGUACACCGCAGUUGAAGCUCCUACCCAGCCAUCUCGAGAGCCGGACCCCGCCUGAAAGCGACGCGCCCAACAUGCACCACUCGGAUUCCGGUAUCGACAUGACCAUCCCAGGCGAGAGUGUCGACAAGAUCCUCGCAGAGAAGACACUAGAGGACGCAGCGGUCGCCGUGGCGGACGCGAGUUCGCGGGGCGACUUCUUCGCCGCGUGGGGCGGCAUCUCGUCGGUGGGCCUGGGCCUCCCUAUCGUCUAUUCCGCCGCGGCCGCGCGCAUCGCCGCGGAGGGCGAGGGUGCCGCGCCGUCGAUUGUGGACAUUGUGCGGUUCUGCAGCCAGUCAACGGCGAAGCAGGUCGGUCUUGCGCACCGCAAGGGCGCGCUCAAGGUGGGCAUGGAUGCUGAUAUCUGCGUGUUUGACGACGCGGACGCGUGGACUCUGCGGUCUGGGGAUAUGCGGUGGAAGAACCGCUGCUCGCCGUGGGAGGGCCACGAGUUUGCUGGUCGGGUGAGGGAGACUUGGGUCCGCGGAUGCAAGGUGUUUGAAUUUGGAGGAAAGAAUCUUGGGUUUGUUGGUGAGGGGCCUGUUGGCGAGGCCAUUACGGAGAAGCGGACAACGUAA